GUAGAGCUGCUGAACAGGUCACACUGACACCACGCACGCAGGAGAUGAGAUGAGAUGAGAUGAGAUGAGAGGAUGCUGAGAGACACGGAGUCAUGUCUGAUCGCCAUGCAGUAGAUUAAACCGAGGCGCGCGCACGUAUACACACGUUUCUGAAAUCCUCUAGCAAACUAUGGAUUAGAAGGAACAGCCGGUCGAGAGGACACCUUGGGGUGUGUGUGUGUGUGUGUGUUUGAUCCGGAUUUACAGCGUAAGAUUUUGUCCUCAAGCGACCGAAUCGGUCGGGACGCCAUGGACGCGAACAUGCGGAAAUUCACGGUCAGGAGGUGGUUCUCGGGUUACCUGCGCAGGAAGUCGCGCUCCAAGAGCUCCAGCUUGUGCAAACUCGAGGAUGACAGCAUCCUUAAAGAAAUUGAUAUAAGCAACCACGUAAAGGAAGGCUUCGAGAAAGCUGACCCGUCCCAGUUUGAGCUCCUUAAAGUGCUGGGGCAGGGCUCCUACGGCAAGGUAUUUCUGGUCAGAAAGAUUAAGGGCUCGGACACAGGGCAACUCUACGCCAUGAAAGUGUUAAAAAAGGCCACGCUGAAAGUGCGUGACAGGGUGCGAUCCAAAAUGGAAAGAGACAUUCUUGCUGAAGUGAAUCAUCCCUUCAUAGUAAAACUUCACUACGCCUUUCAGACUGAGGGAAAGCUGUAUCUCAUCCUGGACUUCCUGAGAGGAGGUGAUCUCUUCACACGUCUCUCCAAAGAGGUCAUGUUUACUGAGGAGGAUGUGAAGUUCUAUCUGGCUGAGAUGGCUUUAGCUUUGGACCAUCUUCACAGUCUGGGAAUUAUCUAUCGUGACCUCAAGCCGGAAAACAUUCUUCUUGAUGAGGAGGGGCAUAUAAAAAUCACUGAUUUUGGUCUGAGUAAAGAAGCGAUCGAUCACGACAAGAGAGCGUAUUCGUUCUGCGGGACCAUUGAGUACAUGGCCCCAGAGGUAGUCAAUAGAAGAGGACACACACAAAGCGCAGACUGGUGGUCGUUUGGCGUGUUGAUGUUUGAAAUGCUGACCGGAUCGCUCCCAUUUCAAGGCAAGGACCGCAAGGAGACCAUGGCACUUAUUCUCAAGGCAAAGCUUGGCAUGCCACAAUUUUUAAGCUCGGAGGUCCAAAGCUUACUACGAGCACUUUUUAAAAGAAAUCCAACCAACAGAUUAGGAGCUGGACCUGACGGGGUGGAAGAAAUCAAACGGCACCAUUUCUUCGCAACCAUAGAUUGGAACAAAUUGUACAGGAAGGAGCUCAAACCUCCAUUCAAACCCGCAGUUGGCAGACCGGAGGACACUUUCCAUUUCGACCCCGAAUUCACUUCCCGCACGCCAACAGACUCACCCGGUGUUCCUCCCAGUGCUAAUGCCCAUCAGCUUUUCCGUGGUUUCAGCUUUGUUGCCACUAAUCUGGGACAGGAGCAGUGUAUAGCAGAGACCAGAGCCAACUCCAUAAAUCCUAUAGUACAGCAACUUCAUAGCAACAACAUCCAUUUCACUGACGGCUAUGAAAUCAAAGAGGACAUCGGCGUCGGCUCGUAUUCAGUAUGCAAACGCUGCGUGCACAGAAUCACCAGCGUGGAGUAUGCUGUUAAAAUUAUAGACCGAGCUAAGAAGGACCCGUCCGAGGAGAUUGAGAUCCUGUUGCGAUAUGGACAACAUCCUAAUAUCAUCACGCUAAAAGACGUCUAUGAUGAUGGGAAGUUUGUGUAUCUGGUGAUGGAGCUGAUGCGCGGAGGCGAGCUGCUCGACCGCAUCCUGCACCACAAGGGCUUCUCGGAGAGAGAGGCCUCUGCUGUGCUCUGUACCAUAACCAAGACCGUGGAGUAUCUGCACUCGCAGGGGGUUGUACAUCGAGACCUAAAGCCUAGCAAUAUCCUGUACGUGGAUGAGACGGGUGACCCGGAGUCGAUAAGGAUCUGCGACUUCGGCUUCGCCAAACAACUCCGCGCUGAAAACGGCCUCCUCAUGACCCCUUGCUACACCGCCAACUUUGUGGCUCCAGAGGUUCUGAAGAAGCAAGGAUAUGAUGCUGCGUGUGACAUCUGGAGUCUAGGGAUCCUACUGUACACCAUGCUUGCAGGAUUCACGCCUUUCGCCAGCGGACCCGAUGAUACCCCAGAGGAAAUCUUGGCUCGCAUCGGCAGUGGCAAAUACACCCUCUCUGGGGGCAACUGGGACAUGGUGUCUGAUGCUGCUAAGGACAUCGUGACUAAAAUGCUGCAUGUGGACCCUCACCAGCGGCUCACCGCCCCUCUGGUCCUCCGUCACCCCUGGAUCGUAAACCAAGAGCAGCUAUCUCUGAGUCAGCUUACCCGACAAGACGUACACCUGGUCAAGGGAGCAAUGGCCGCUACAUAUUCGGCUCUUAACCGGACACCACAGGCUCCCAAGCUCGAGCCUGUUCUUGCCUCCUGUCUGGCUCAGAGAAGAGGAUUGAAGAGAGUCACAUCCACAUGCUUGUAGCACACACAUUGUCAAACAGCACCACCUACAGGCCCUGAAGAUAUUCACACGUCACGCCUGGGAGAAGGCACCAGGCAAUCAUCAGUGCACAAAAGGGGAGUGAACCAUGUGACCCUUGAAGAUGAGUGGUUCCAUGGAAUGGUUGAAUUUUACCCCAGCUUAAGGAAGACACUCGGCAAGUGAUAGCUGCUUACAUUAAUGCCGAGGGCGUUGAGAUUCAAUCCCCGCUCUAAUCCCAAAAUGAGGCACAGCCAGGGAAUUGUGGUGACGGAGUUUAGAUAGUAUCACCAACCAAAAGCACAAAUUACAUAACCUGCAAGCUCAAGCUGUGAAAGCUGUCAUGUGCCGUUAGCCGUGUUGAAAUGUUUGGAAACCUGACUGCUGUCGUAUUGCACCAGAUUGCUGUCAUUCAUUGUCUGCCUCUGGAAAGUAAUAGAUUUCCAGAAAAAACGUGUCCACAAAUUUGACGAAUCUGUUGGACAGAAAGGCUUUAGUGCAUGAUGAAACACUAACACUGGGGCCCUUAAAGUAAUAGUUCUGCAAGGGGAAAAAAUUGACAUAAGCCCAGAUGUCAUAGGUAAAGGCGUCAAAAAAAUAUUUUUGCUUCUUUACAUAAGCCCUAGAUAUACUGGAGGUAAAAAUAUUGAUAAGAUCUAACAAAGCCAGCACUCAGGCUUCAUGCACAACGCAUUCUAAAAGCUUGUCUUAAAACACGCAGAAUUCUCCAGCAAUCUAAAAUUGUUUUUUUUUUCCUGCAGAGCUGUUUAUUCAUGCCUGUUCAGUGUAUCUGUAAAGGUCAUUCAACAUAUACAAAGUCGAGCCCUGUAAAAUAAAUGCUUCUUUGGCUAGCUCAGGUGUUCAGCAUUUGGCACAUGUACUGUAUAACAGUGCGUUCCCAUAACCACAACAGAACAAGCAAUAUUCAGUUCAAGAGACUUAGUAAAUAGACAAGACUACAAAAGAUGCCAGCAUUAUUAAAAAUUCUUUAUUUCAUUCCAACAUGCAUGCAAGGUAAAUGCUUCAACAAUUGAAAAAGUUUCAUAUUCAUUUUUAGUCGUUUUAUUGAUUAAUAUUUUCAGCUUUAAAAACAUUUUCAAUUUCUUUGUUUGUUAAACACAA